AAAGCCUGCCUUCAUUCGCCUGCUCGCCGCCCAACACCACUUCAAGGUGCAGGCGCUCUGCCUUGCCCUGACCACCACGGUCAGCAGGCGCUUUGGCUCCACUAACUCAGUGCAACCCUCAACCACCGUCAUUCUGAGGGGGAAUGCAAGAGAUCACUUGGCCGGGGAGCAUUGCACAGCAACAAAGGCUCUGUGGACUACUUACAUGAUCGUCAUCAUGAUACGGCUACGAACCACAAACACACACACUUACAAAUGACACUACGUCGAGGUGCCUCCCUACAUGAACAAGCGUCAGCACUUCGACGACAGCGACAGCAGUGCAAGCAGCCCCGAGGCCAAUGGGCUCUUCAUCCACGACUACGAAUAUAUCGGCCAAGACGUGAGCGAAGACGUUGGGGAAUACGCUGGCGAGGACGUAGACGAAGGUCCUCCCCUCGAGACGUCAGCCGUAGCGAUGCCAUGGUGGGAUGGCUCGGAGUACAAGGUGGAGGUCUGCGGCUCAACGGCGGUAAUCGUAGAGAAGUCGACCUGCGGUGGCGUUGCAAUCCACUGGCUCAAGGAUCUGAGGCCACUGGAGUACCAGAGCGUAGAGAUGAAGCAAGGGUCCCUCCUCGAUGGAUGGCUUCUCUCCCUCCUCGGCGACAAUGCCCAAUGGUUCCCCAUCGCAUGCACGCUAGACCAAUCCAUCCAGAUCAAGGCCCAAGUGGCUCCUCCGUCAGGACCCUCCUCAUCGUGCCGGCGCUCAUGCUCGGUCCUUUCAACUACAGUACCAACAUCACCACCCUUUCCCACCGUCCUCGCUGGCUGUUCUUCAUAAUGUCAACCACCUCAGCUCAGUCUACCCUCGCCACAGAAUGGCACCAACGUCUUGUUCAGAAGGAGCAAAUGCUCAUGGACAAGGCGAAGGAGGCUACUGAGGAGCUUCGCGCCUUCGAGGCGUGCAUGGAGGCCCACGGUCUCCGUAUCAGCAAGGAGGUCCACCGGCAGGGCCAAGAGGGUGACGGCGGCGAGGGACAAGAGGGAGGCGCCAAUGGGCGAAACGAGGGCAAUGGCGACCGCCGCCCCGACACUUCGAGGAGGAGGACGGCUUCGACAAAGGAGACGAUGACGACGACGAUCAAGACGCCUCCACCUCACUCAAUCACACCUUCAAGCAUCGCCGCCGUAGCUCCGUGAUCACGGCGGAGGGUGCUCGCCGAAAUCAUCAGCAGAGAACGUCAUCAGCCGCGAUCAUCAUCAGCAACCUCAGCUCGUCGUCAAGAGCCUCCUGAGUCCCCGAGCGAAGCUCCCCCUGGCUACCCAGUCAUCCCACCCACCUUGCUGUUACCAUGGGCCUGGUCAAGCAGCUCGAGAGCGACACCACCUUGUCACUUCCUUGAAGGCCAUCUCACCUACCCGGCCAGUCACCAGCGUCCUUCAAGCGCUACCUUGAGACCGUCUUCGCAAGCUGCUGUUCGCUCGCCUCCGCUGCCCAAGCACCUUCUCCAUCGAGCGCUCGGAGUAGCUCAUGGCAAUCGCAGCAGGGCGUCUUGAUCUCAACCCAUUUGCAUGCGACCAGGCAGGCACGUACGGCAUCGGCCUCAAGUGGC